UCUGUAAAUGCCAAAAGAAAAAUAAAAAAGAACUGGUUCAAUGGAGCGGCGAUUCGUCAAAGUUGGUCUUAGCUCAAACACAGCUCACGCCGCUGGUUUGCUUCCACGCAAAUCACAUAAAAUCCCCUCGCCGCCUCCGCCUCCGCCUGAACGAACCUUGACCAACCCACGCCAUCCAUGGCGGAAUUCUCCUUCUCCAUCUCCUCAUUUCCUCUUCCACUACCCUCUCCGCCUCCUCCUCCACCUCCGCCGGCAGUUCCUUCUGACGGCGACCUACUCCGUUCGCUCCUCCGCCUUUCUCGUGAGAUCUCCCUCUUCGACGUCCCAUGCCCGCUUCUCUGCCGCUUCUUUAGCUCUCUUACUCGCAAGUCAAAGAUCCUCUGCAUCCUCUUCGAGGAGCUCCUUCAGGACCCAACCUGGAACGCCAGUGAUCUCCCCCGUUCGGCCUCCCUCUGCCUCCGCGAGAUCCUUGUUGUCCUGCAGCGCUUCAAAGCCCUCCUUGGGGAUUGCUCUGCCCGCAGCCGGAUGCGUCUUCUUCUCCAAAUCGACUCCAUCGGUAACGACUUCCACGAACUCACUCUCGAUCUCUCCACCCUCCUCGACAUCCUCCCUCUUCCCGACCUCCACCUCACAGACGAUGUCCGCGACCUCGUCGAUCUCCUUCGUCGCCAGUGCCGCAGAUCCAACCCAGCUGUAGAUCCUAAAGACGACGCUUUACGGUACGAAAUCUUGUUCAUGAUCCGCGAGAUCGAACAAGAGGUCGUCCCCGAUCUGUCCCGCCUCACCUCGAUCUUUGAACAGCUCGGCUUCGACGGCACCCGGAGCUGCAGGAACGAGAUUGAGUGCCUCGAACGAGAGAUUGGGGAUCGCGUGUCAGAGAAAUGGACUCCUGCGAUGAUCGCCCUCGUCGGAGUUGUUCGCUACGCUAAGUGCGUGCUCUACGGCGCUUCUACGCCGACGUCCGAUUCCUCCGCCGGCAAACUCUCCUUCGCGGAAUCGGAUCCCCUUGUGCCGCCAGACUUUCGUUGCCCUAUUUCCCUCGAGUUGAUGCGGGAUCCGGUAGUCGUGGCAAGUGGGCAGACGUACGAUGGGCAUUCCAUAACCCGGUGGAUAGCCGCCGGGCACUCCGCCUGUCCCAUGUCCGGCCAGGCCCUUUCGCACACUAAUCUCGUCCCCAAUCGGGCUCUCAGGAACCUAAUCUCCGCCUGGUGCCGCGAGCAAAAUGUCACCUUCUAUGGCUUCGAUUCCAAUAAGGGGGAGCCGCCCUCCGCCAUUUGCACGAACAAGGCGGCGCUCGAAGCGGCAAGGAUGACCGCAACAUUCUUAGUAAAAAAGCUCGCUUCAUCGCAGUCGACAGAGUUGGCAAACCGCGUCGUUCACGAGCUUCGUUUGCUGGCCAAAACCGGAUCGGAAAACCGGGCUUUCGUUGCGGAGGCAGGGGCCAUUCCUCUGCUUCUCCCCUUCCUUUCAUCCGAAGAUUCAACCUUGCAGCUCAACGCCGUCACGGCGCUUCUCAACCUCUCCAUUCUAGAAGCAAACAAGAAGAGGAUCAUGCACGCAGAAGGCGGGAUUGAUGAUCUGAUCCACGUCUUAGCCAGUGGUGCCACGUGGUGCUCGAAGGAGAACGCUGCUGCCACACUUCUAAGCUUAUCAACAAUCCACGCUUACCGGCGUCGGCUCGGGAGGAACCAAAGAGUUGUAACAGAACUAGUCGCGCUCGCGCGCAAGGGCCCUGCAAGCGCGAAGAAAGAUGCUCUCGCGGCAAUCCUGAGCCUUGCUGGCGAUCGUGAGAACAUUGCGCAUUUGGUGGAGUGCGGCGUUGUAGAAUCGGCUUUGGAAGCGGUGUCCUCUACAGAAGUAACGGAAGAGGCGGUGGCGGUGCUUGCUGCUUUGGCUAAACGCGGCGGCGCAACCGCCGUAAUGAAAUCCGAUGGUUCAAUUUCUAAGCUUGUCGGGGUUAUGCGUCGCGGGUCGGAUUGGUCGAAAGAGAAUGCUGCCGCUGCACUUGUUUUGCUUUGCCGGAGAGAGGGUGCUGCCGCCGUGUCUGAGCUUUCAAGGAUUCCGGGAAUUGAAUGGGUUAUAUGGGAGUUGACGGGCUCUGGUACAGUGAGGGGGCGGCGCAAGGCUGCAGCUCUCGGGAGGAUUUAUCGUAGAUGGUUGGCGGCUGUGGAGGAGGCUGAUCGCAUGGUUAGAUUUUCGCCGGCGAGUAUCUCGAGUUCAGCUACAACGGCACAAUCAUGAGGCCACGUCUUCUUCUUCUUCUUACUCGCCAGUGCGCAACAUCCGAAAUGUGAUUCGAUCCUCAACUGUGAAUAUCUCGAGCUCUAUUGUUUUCACUUUUUCUUUUUUCCUUCAUCCUUCCUUUCAAAUUUUCAACUCAUUCUUCUGAUAAUUUUUAGUCACAUUUGAUUGGAGAUGUAUCAAUUUCCUUAGCCAUUGGCUGAUGAUGGAAACAAAAGAUUAAGAUUUAUUCUAGAAUUUUUAGUGGCACAAUUGUGGAAUGGGAUAUCGAUUGGCUGUUAUAUGUACUUGUAUUUUCUAGAUCUUGGAUUAUUAAUGCAUAGUGUAUAAGCUCUAUUAUUUUCGUUGGCUUAAA